AUGUGGUCAGAGUGGGGGUGUGUCGUGCUUAUGCUGAAUACUGUGGUGGCUCUCUCUCCGGUGGUUAAAAUAGGCGCGGUGUUCACAGAAGACGCAAGGGGUGGUAGCACAGAGCUGGCUUUCAAAUACGCUGUGUACAGGAUCAAUAAAGAACGAACUCUUUUACCAAACAGCACUCUUGUUUACGACAUCCAAUAUACACCUUCCAGAGACAGCUUUCAGACUUUUAAGAAAGCGUGCGCACAGAUCCAGUCAGGUGCAGUUGCAUUGUUCAGCGGUGUGGGCCCACUGUUGGGAAACACAUUGGACCAUAUGAGCACCAGCCUACAUGCACCACAUCUCACUAUUGGACCUUUUACUCCUGAGAAUUGCCAUAAAACGGCACUUUUGCACGUCAGAGAUCCUCGUCGGACCUCUGAGUUUUCAAGUCCAGAUAAUGUCGGCAAUCGAGCAGACGGAUUACCUGAUGGUAAGCAAUCAGCGCCGCACAUGGCUACGGAGGAUAGGGAUUCGGGAUUUGGAGAUUUAGGGGUUGAGGAGGGAUUGGGGGAGAGGAAGGAUUGGGCCUCCGUAAACCAUACGUUCACGAUUAACCUGUACCCACCAAGAGAUCUUCUGACGAAGGCGUUUGCUGAAUUCCUCUCAUAUCUGAACUGGACGAGAAUGGGAGUCAUUUAUGAAGACUACGGAAAUGGUAAAUAUAGAAUAUAG